AUGGGGUGCGCUGCCAGUGCCCAGAAGGUAUUGGCCGUAGCUCCCGUAUCUACCAGUACAGAGGACUAUUUUGCCUAUGAAGGUGCGGGCCCAUGGUACACCUGCAAGCCCGAGGGGCUGAUUCUGCCCCGGUUGGCAAACAGUGGCGCAGCGAGUGCCAGAGAUUGCCCACCACAGACACUUCAAGACCUUCUGAAAAAGGCUGCUGAGGAGAAGGGGGACCGGCCGGCUCUGAAAGCCGAGAAGCCUUGCCCUGCGUUACAGGACUCAGGACCCCCUCCGGCGCUCCCCGAGGCGGAGUGGGCGACCUGGACUUAUCGACAGUACUAUGAAGAUGCCCGCAAGGCUGCCAAGGCCUUCGUCAAGCUCGGAUUCGAGCAGUUUGAUACAGUGGCCAUCUGGGGCUUUAAUGCCCCAGAGUGGAUGCUCAGUGCUCUUGCUGCGGGAUUCGCCGGUGGUAAAGUUGGAGGCCUCUACCCGACAGACACACCGCAGACUGCUGCUUUCAAAGUAGUGCACAGUGGCGCCAGCAUUGUUGUUCUUGAGGACCAAGCAAAGCUUGCUCGGCUCCUUCCCGCCUUGGCAGCGCGCCAAGACCCACGUCCUUGCAAGGUGCGGGCCUUCGUGGCCUACGGUUACGAGCCGGCACCAGGCGAAAGUGUCCAAAUUCCCGGCAGUAACCUCCAGGUACCUGUGCUCAGCUGGUCAGCGAUGAUGGCGGCUGGCUCCAGCGAAGAUGAUGCCAUUAUUGAUGUACGCAGCAAAGCUGUGCAACCCGGGCACUGCGCCGUUCUUGUGUAUACAUCUGGUACGACUGGGGAGCCCAAGGCAGUCAUGCUAUCGCACGAUGCAAUGAUUUUCGAAGCGGUGGCCUUCGUAAACAUAACUCGGUCGCACGUGGGCCUUUGCGGUUCGGCACAGCAGGAGCGCAUCCUCUCCUAUCUUCCUCUGUCGCACGUGGCGGGAAAGAUGGUGGAUGUUUGCUUUCCCUUUGUGGCCACCGCCUCAUCACCGGCAUGGGUGACGGCAUACUUUGCAAGACCAUACGACCUGAAAGCUGGAGGCCUAAAAGACAGGCUGAACGUGGCAAGGCCUACGGUGUUCCUUGGCGUGCCGCUUGUGUGGGAGAAGAUCGCAGACAGGCUGCGUGCUGUGGGCGCGACUACCACUGGCGUGAAGAAGAAGCUCGCUACCUGGGCCAAGGCCCAGGGCCUCCAGCACUCCAAAGCUUGUUUGCUGGGAGGCGAUGGCUUGGAGCCCUUUGGAUAUGGCGCGGCCAACAAGGUGCUGAAGAAGGUGAAGCGCAUCCUUGGCCUCCAUGAGCUCAAGUUUGCCUUUACUGGAGCCGCACCGAUCCGGGUGGAUACGCUGGAGUACUUCGGGUCCCUGGGUAUCAACAUCAAUGAGGUUUAUGGCAUGUCCGAGAGCUGUGCUGCGUGCACAAUUUCGACGGACAGGGCUCAUUUGUGGGGGUCUUGCGGCUUUCAGCUGCCGGGCGUGGAGGUUAAGGCAUUCAAAGUGGAUGCUGCAGACAUGAACAAGAAGGAGGAAUGUCCCCGGGCGGUGUCUCUGGAACAAAUUGACGAAGAAUUUCAGGGGGAGUUGUGUUUCCGAGGCCGUAGCAUCAUGAUGGGCUACUUGGCGCAGCCGGACUUGGGUGCAGAACAUGUGCAGGAGGUGGAGCGCAAAACUGCAGAUGCGAUUGAUGCGGAAGGAUGGCUGCAUUCUGGCGACAAAGGCAUGAUCACACAGACCGGGAUGGUCAAGAUCACUGGACGCUACAAGGAGCUGAUCAUUGGCGAAGGUGGUGAGAACAUAGCACCGGUCCCAAUCGAAGACCACAUCAAGGGAUGGUGCGAUGGCAUCAACGAAGUCAUGCUGAUUGGGGACAAGCGGAAGUUCAACGUGGCUCUGGUGACAUUAAAGGCAGUUGGUGCCAACGGUGAGACUCCAGGUACAGACCAGUUGGAUGCAGGGGCUGCUCGAGUGAAUCCACAAGUGACGACGAUCUCCCAAGCUAUGGAGGAUCGGUUCUGGAUUGAGCAGAUAACUCUUGCUGUCGCAUCCGCGAACAACAACGGCAAGGUAUGUCCCAACAAUGCCUUCAAAGUCCAGAAGUUCAUGAUACUCCCAACGAAUUUCUCGGAGGAGCAGGGCUUCCUAACGCCCACGAAAAAGCUGAAGAGGCCUGUUGUGGAGAAGGCCUUCGCGAAGCAGAUCGACAUGAUGUACAAAUCCACCAGUACUUACGUGCGGUAUGAGCCAUGA